AUGAAACGACGUUUAGGUAUGAUAAACGUGAAAAUAUAUAUACUUGACAUUAUGAUUUCAAAGCAACUGGCAUUAGUUUUAUUCUUCUUCAUUUUGGUUAUUGUGGCUCAAGCUGGAAACGAACCUGAUACAGAUUUAAAUAACAACAUACAGAAAAAUCCAUCAAAACCAACAACGUCAUCUGUAAUAGAUCAACAAUCAUCAAGUAAUAUUGAAAAAAAUAUUUUUAUGAAAUAUUCAAGUGAUGAACAUCUACUUUCACUUCUACAACAACAUUCAAAUCCAUUGAAACAAAUUAUUAUAACUAUAAUUGGUGGUGAUAGUUAUUCUUUAUUUACUUGGGAUUGGUAUGAACGAAUGCAUGAAAUAUCGAAUGAUACGAAUAAAUGUCAUUGUUUUAUUAUUGCUAUGGAUGAAAUAGCUAUUAUUUUAGCAAUAAAACAAGGUGUACCUGUUUAUUAUUCAACAUUUACAUUUGAACAACAAUUAAAAUGGAUAAAUACUAUUGAAGCACGGCAACAUUCACUUUAUCGUGUUGGUCAUGCAAAAUUUAAUACAGCAGCUAAAAUUAUUCAAAUGGGUUAUUCAGUAUUUCUUAGUGAAAUGGAUGUUUUUUGGAGAGCAAAUCCACUUGAUCAUUUAAAAAAACCAAUUGAUAUUUAUGAUUUACAAAUAAGUGAUCAUUUUGGUUCUCAUCCAAGAGUUAAUGUUGGUUUAUUUUUUGUUCAAUCGACUACUGCAUCUAUAGAAUUCUUUUCUUAUGUUACGGAAUUUUGGUUACGUUAUGGUAAAGGUGCUUAUUUAUCCGAUCAACGUGUACUUGAUGCUUUACUUAAAAAUUAUGAUCGUCUUGAUAAAAUUUAUUUAAAAGCAAUAAAAUCUGCUCCAUCAUUAAAUUGGACAACUCAUGUAUUUGGAAAUCAUUUUUCACAUUUAAUGACUGAUGGUAGUGCUUUUAUAUUAUUUAAUCAAGCAGCAAAACUUGGUAUACGAUCAAAAAUGUAUCAUGGUAAUGCAAAUGCAAAAUAUUUUACAGUUACAAUAUCAAAUACAAAUAUGAAAAUUAGUUAUCGAAAUCUUCUUAUUCGUGCUUUACUUAUAUUACAACAUACACAUCUACAAAAUCGAACACUUAUUUUACCUGCUUUUGCAUCCAAUUUAACUACUACUACAAUUUUUUCUCAAUUUGACGUGAAAAAAUUUCUUCUUUAUUGGUCUGAUGAACGCAUUCGUUUACCCAAUUUUCUUCUUCAUGAGACAACUCGUUCUAUACCCAUAACAAAUAUUUCAUUUUCAUUAAAUACACCAUAUGAAAAUAUUAAUGGAAUAUUAAAUUUUGCUGUAGAAUCAAUACCAAUUAAUUUACCAGCACCUACAUCGCAAUUUGAAGUAUUUGUUAGAGAUUCUCUUUUAUGGUGUUCACCACCAAUUGAUGGUGGUACAGGAUGGUGUAUUCAUCAUCCAAAAGAUUUUGGUGCAACAAUGGAGUUAUUAUUUGCUUGUCGAGGUGAUCCAUAUCCACCAUGUGCAAAUAAAACAGAAAAAAAUGAACAAUUUCUUCAUAGACCAUUUGAAUAUCGUAAAACUUGUUUUUGGAUUGGUAUUGCUGUACUUAUAUCGUUUCUUAUUGCCUGUGCUAUUAUUGGCAUAGUACUUGGUCUUACUCUAUCUUCGUCAUCAAAAACGACAUCGUCGACAACAUUACUUUCAAGUACUUCAACAAUAAAUUCAACGAAUUCGACAAGUUCAACUUCAACAACAACAACAACAACAACAACAGUAGCCAUCUCAAUCGCAUGUUCGAAUACAGGUCGUGGUGUACUUGCAUUUCAAAAUCAAACAACACCAACUGCAUGGACAUCAUAUUCACGUACUUUUACAUCAACAAGCGCUUCACAUACAAUACUAUUUGGAUUUCAAACUGAUGGUACUAAUAGUUUUUAUUUAGAUACUGUAUCUGUUGUUGACAGUACUCUAUCAUCACCUCAGUUACUGACCAAUCCUAAUUUUGAAAAUUCUACAACAACACCAACUGGUUGGACUGUAUCAUGUGAAGCGACAACAUGCGGUUUAAGUGCUGCUAAUAUAGCAAAUAGCUCUCAAUGUUCAUCUGGAUAUUGUUUUGAGAGUUUUUGUACAUCUGGUCGUACAGCUCUCAUCUUUUUGAGUCAAACAUUUGCUACGACAAGUGGAAAUUUACAUACAGUUACUUAUAUGUUGAAACGAACAAAUAUCGGCAGUAGUGGAUUUAUGGCUUUUUAUCUUGAUGUUAUAUAA